CUUCUGUCUCGUCACACUCACUCUCACUGUCAGAGCCCGGCGUUGACAGCCACUACCCGCCACUGGUGAGCCCACUUUGUCGGGGUUUGAGUGCUUGCAAGAACCGCUGCAGAAAAAACGACCCAGAAAUCUUUUUCUUUGAAAAAAUCACUCCUCAAGUCACUCCACACCUCGUAGAAAGUCUUUUUUGUAGAAAAUCUCUGUCGAACCUUCCAAACCUUCUUGCAAACAUGUCUGGAGAAGACGCACCUGCCCAGCAGCAAAACGCCGUGGACCAGAAGCAGGACUCCAAGCCUACCGAGGAGCCCAAGACCGAGCCGGAGCCUGCACCCGCCGGAGCCGGCGAGGCAGCGGCUGCUGCGACGGCGGAGACCACCGAAAAGGUCCCCGAAGAGGAGACGUUCACGUACCGCGCUCUGGUGCUCACCGGCUACGGCGGCUAUGACAAAGUGAAGCUGCAAGUCAAGAAGGGCAAGCCGGCACUCAAGGCUGGCGAGAUCCAGGUUCGAGUCAAGGUCUGUGGGCUCAACUUCGCCGACCUGAUGGCUCGCCAGGGGCUGUACGACCGGCUGCCGUCACCACCGGUCAGCCCCGGUAUGGAGUGCUCCGGGGUGGUGGAGGCUGUCGGGGAGGAGGUGACGGACAGAAAAGUGGGUGACAAGGUGAUGGUGCUGAGCCGCUUCGGGCUGUGGCAGGAAGUGGUGGUGGUGCCGGCCAAGCACACCUUCCUCAUCCCGGAGGGCAUGAGCUUCGAGGAGGCCGCCGCCCUCCCGGUCAACUACAUCACUGCCUACAUGAUGCUGUUUGACUUUGGCAACCUGCGGCCCAACCAGAGCGUUCUCAUCCACGCCGCCGCAGGUGGCGUGGGCACUGCGGCCACCCAGCUGUGCAAAACGGUGAAGGACGUCACCGUGUUCGGGACGGCGUCGGCCGCCAAGCACGAGACCAUCAGCCAGGCCGGCGUCGCGCAUCCCAUCGACUACCGCACCAAGGACUACGUGGAGGAAGUCCGCAAGAUCAGCCCCAAAGGACUGGACGUCGUAUUGGACCCUCUUGGAGGAUCAGACACCCACAAAGGCUACAACCUGCUGAAACCAAUGGGCAAACUCAUCACCUACGGUGCCGCUAACAUGCUGGCGGGCCAGAAGAAGAACCUGCUGGCCGUGGCCAAGAACUGGUACCACCAGUUCUCCAUCCACACGCUCAACCUGAUCCAAGGCAACAAGUCCGUGUGCGGCUUCCACCUGGGCUACCUUGAUGGGGAGACGGAGCUGAUCAGCCAGGCCAUGAACACCAUCCUGGACCUCUACAAGCAGGGCAAGGUCAAGCCCCGCAUCGACUCCACCUGGCACCUCGAACAAGUGGGCGACGCCAUGAGGAAGAUGCAGGAGCGGAACAACGUCGGCAAGGUGCUCCUCACCACGGAGCCCAUGCCUGAGGAGGAGAAGAAGGAGGAGCCGGCGCCGACCAAGAAGGACGACAAGAAGAAGGACGAGAAAAAGAAGGAGGACAAGAAGAAGGACGAUGGCAAGAAGGAGGAGAAGAAGGACGACAAGAAGAAGGAGGAGGCCAAGAAGGAGGAGCCCAAAAAGGAGGAGGAGAAGAAGGAGGAGCCCAAGAAGGAGGAGAAGUGAGGAGGAGGAGGAGGAGGAGGAGGAGAAGGAGUUUGCAUCCGGGGUCUGGGGGUGGGGGUGGGGGUGGAUUGAUGAUGAGGAGGAGGGUUUGGCAGGAUUUACAAAAUGAUCACACCACACGCACAUUUCCACUCUUUAGCCCCGCCUAUACGGCAGUGAUGAGUCAUGCUGGCCCCGCCCACACAUCGUCUUCAUCCUGUAAAAGAAAAAUGUAAUGAUGAAGUAAGUAGUUUUUCUGUGGUGGGUGGAAUCCAGGCCUGGGGGGGGCAGAUUUCUGUGACCACCACCUUUGACCCCACCCCCACCCUCCCAUCUUUGCUGAAUCCUUCUGCUCUGAUAGCCACCUGCAUCCCGUACGCCCCGCCCUCUCCACCUCCCACACCGUCGGCACCGCCCACAGACAGACAGACAAAAGGCUAACCACACCCACACAUGUUGCCCCCCCCGCCAAGCGCCCAGUGCUCGGUUAUGUCACCUUGAGAUGAGUCAGACAGCCCUGUGAUUGGUUGCUGAGACACCCCCCACCCCCCACCCUGGAGAUGCUUUCCUGACAACAAAAAAGUAUUAGCAUCACUCUGCUAUCAAGAUUAGCCUAAUUAGAACGAGCGCCAUGAUGGAGUUAAUAAUGGUGUUGCACUUGUCCGCUCAUAAAGAGCCUCUCUGUGUUCAAAUGGGAGAGAGCCCCCCUCCCCCACACACACCGUGACCAACUGUUGACGAGCUGAAAGAAGCUCUGUGACACCGACACGGCGAGCGGUGACCGCCAUGAGCAACACGGCGACCCGCUCGGCCUCCUUCCCGGGGCUCCUUUUCAACCGGGGGCCUGUCCGUCACCCUGACCCCGGGAGAGGAGGAUUCAGUCCAAGCUGGCGCCCUUGCUUUGCCUCCCAUUUCCCAUUCACCUCUUCUUCUUCCUCUCUUGCUCUCACUCUCUCUCGCUCUCUCAGUGGUCGGCAUAGCAACAGGCAUCAAGGCUUGUCAAGAGAUGGCACUGCUUCAGCCUCUUCCAGCUGCCCCCCACCCCCCCCCUCCCGCCGCCCCUUCCCUUCCAGUAUUACAACAAUGAAUUCUAGGUGACGACCCUGAGAAAAUGUGCAAAUCCCCUUCAUUUUAAAGCCACUCUUAAUAUGGACAAUUGACUGCGAGUAGAGUUGUGGUGAAAUAACAGUGCACGGCUCCCCCUAGUGGCUGCUAGGUAAAUUGCCUCCACGCAUCAGAGUGAGCUAUGUCACGUAUGUAUUUUUUUACACGCAGCCAGUCAAUUUUAGGCAGGAAAGCAAAUUUUUGCCCACCAUCGUGUGAAAUCAGUCUUGCAAGGCCAUUUUGUUAACUUUAUAUGGGGAAUAGUCAAUCAAUGAAUCAAAUUUUUAAGUAUUGAUUUUAAUAGGAGCGUUGUUUCUUGAAUGUUGUGCGCUCCUGUUUUCAUGCCAGCACACACAUGCUAAUGCUGCUCAUCAUGUAAUUCUUUGGACGGCCAACUAGUUAGUGCGGUGCCUCUGCUGGUUGCAACUAAGUAGUGCGCUUCAUUUUAGCACAAUCGAUUCAACACAGUCGGCAUAAUUCUUAACGAUCCAUGAGCCGAUGAUUAUUAUCAUGCAUCUUCCCGUUCCCCAUCCUUGUUUUUGUGCCUUUUCCGGUUGAAUUGUAGGUUACAGCACCACGUGUUGAUUUGGAAUGCAGUCAACAGCCCCUAAACUAACUUUAAAAUCACUGUCUGUGAGCGGUGUCGCCCCCUGAUGGCAACAAGUGGAAUUAAUGUAAAAAAGUUAGCAUGAGUGGCCUCCCUCAUGUGUGCUGUGUGUGCCAUUGUGUGUGAAUUUGUGUGUGUGUGUGUGUCCUCAGGUCGUUUGUCACCUACGACCCCCUACCCUACCCUAAACCCCCCCCUCCCCCAGUGUGAUAAGAGGCCUAUGCUAGGAGGACAAAGUGGUGUUUUUUAUGUUUUUGCACUCUGCUCGCUGAUCCUAACGCACUUACCGAGCAUGGCGCUCACACUCCAGCCCCUCGCCUCCGUUUGUUAAUGUUCAAACUUUUCCCACAAGUGAUCGGCUCCAAAUAAAAUGUGUUUUUGGGGGGAUCUGGCGCCCCCCAGCGGGCUGGAGUGCGAGCAUCACGCGGGCGUGGGGAGCGCGUCUUAUCCGGCUCUUUAUCGAUGUUCUGUUCUAAUCUGCUGGGCUCCCUUUGUGAACCUGUGCACGGUGCUUCUGUUCCCGAGUGCCAUGUGACCACUUAAUAUUUUCUUUUUUAUUUGUUUUUUUGGGUUAUCUAAGGGUUUAAAGGUCAAGAGUUUAUGGGAUCCUUUUUUUUUUUUAAUGAAUUAAGCUGUGUCUUUUGUGUGUCUGAACCACGUGUGCCAAAAUUGACAUGUAUUAUUCCUCUUUGUCAAUGCUUUGAAUAUUUACAGUGCAUAAAAAAUAUAUAUAUAUGAAUCAUAA